AUGGAUUUAUCAGCAAUAAAUUCCAAUUUUAAGAAUUUCCUUGAAGAAGUUGGUUCAUAUUAUAGUGUUGUUGAUGAUCAAGAGGUCCAAAUAUUAAGGAAAAAGCAAGAUGAAUGUUACAAAAAUUUCUUGCAUGUCUAAUUUGAAUAUACAAAGUGUGUUUAACAAAUUGAUGACAAAUACACUGAUUUGAAUAAAACUUUUAAGUUCAAAACGGAAAAAGCUGCCAAAUCCUACAAAUCCUGUUUAUAACACAAAAAAGUUGAAGAAUGCCACGACAGAACAUGGAAGCAUCUACAUGAAAAUAUGAAGCAAUACAUUUCAUUAUUAAGAAGAAUUGAUACCUAAACUAUUAAAUAUUGAAUAAUAAUAUAUAAUAUAAUAAA